AUUACACACCAUUCAAACAAACCAAGAAAAAGAAUAGAAAAGAAAGAAAACAAAAAUGGCAAGAAGCAUGAAGUUAGCAUGUGUUGUUUUGGUGAUCUGCAUGGUAGUUAUUGCGCCUAUGGCAGAAGCUGCUUUGUCAUGUGGAGCUGUAACCGGUGAUUUGGCUCCAUGCGUUACUUAUCUUCAAGCUCCUAAUAAUGCCAGUCCUCCACCGCCAUGUUGUGCAGGAGUGAAGAAGCUUCUUGGUGCCGCCACCACGACGCCUGAUCGUCAGGCUGCCUGUAACUGCUUGAAAUCAGCUGCCGGUUCUAUUUCAAAAUUGAAUACUAACAAUGUUGCUGCUCUCCCUGGAAAUUGCGGUGUUAGCAUUCCUUAUAAGAUCAGUACCUCUACCAACUGUAACACAUAUGUCUUAUUAUUAUUAUGCUUCUGUCAUGGAAGCCAUUGA